CCGCUUUUCUUCCGCUCUGGGACACGCUCUAUUUACGGGGAGAAGUUUCUCCAGGAAAGGCUAAAUACCCUUGGACGCGACUGGUGAGCGAGAGACGCCAGCUUCCCUUCCAAGACGGCCUUGGAUGAUACCUGCCUUCUGAGCCGUCCAGAGCAGCCUUGUAGGGCCGUAGCGGGCGUGGGAAGGACUCGCCGGUUGGUCAGUGGCUCUGCCUUCCGUACCCCGCAGGGUUCCGCCGGGAAGGCGUGGUUUUGUUUAGCAGCAGCGGUCUCCUUCCCUGUUUGGGUUCUCUGCUGCGCAGAGCGCCGUUGCCAUCUGGGCAGGUGGAGGCCAGUUCUCCCGCGGACCAGGUGCUCGGGAUACCUGUCGGCUGUGAACUGUGGGGCUGUGCGACACUCGAAGCCAGCUCACCACACUUCCAAUUGUGUCACACUCCCAAGGCGUCUCCUUUAGUUAAAUGGUUUCCCCAAGGUCACCUUUUUGCCAUCGUUGUAGAUUGGACACAGCAUGAGACACUAUCUCCACAAACAAACAAGCAAAUAACCAAACAAACCAGUUUUGAUUUUGUUUUCUAAUGCUGCUUUGUGGUCAGAAUUGAAAAGAAACAUUUUAAAAUUAGGUGCAGGAAGAGACACCCCCCCCUACUCCCCGCUGUUUCAUUUGGAUGAAAUCUAGCUGGUUCAGACCAAGAACAAAGUCUGUAGUCCAAACAAAAAGAAAAAUCCUCGUUACUUGAAAUUUGAAUUUGAUCAAUUUGAUAACAAUGAGAUAAGAGUAAUCAAGGUUAACCAGUUGUUUUACAGACUCUAUUGGAAUGGAUUUAGAACCGCCAGGAUGGAAAUAAAACACAUGAAUGAAAGCCAGUUUUUGUACUGUCACAUUAUACCUGACUUAUAGCGCAAAUUGUUCUUUUUUUAAAAAAAAAAAAAAGAAAAAAGAAAAAUUGUGCUACGAAAGGAAAAGAAACCUCUAUUUUGGAGACCCGUCCGUUAUAAAUAUGUUCCGUCUACGAGGCAUAUCUCUACUCUCUUGGAGAGCGUUUUCAUUCCGCCCCUUCAGUUGUGAGUCAUUAAUUACUCAGAUGAAGAACUGUACAGAUGAAGAACAAGUGUUUGAUCUUAUUGAGAAAAAUAUGGCAACGCUCUCAGAACAGCAAGUGGGCUGUGCAUUUAAUGUACUUCGGCAGUUUCAGAAGCAGAAGACCAUCUUGGAAAAAAAUAUUGAACAUGUUCGAAACCAUCCUCAGUUUCUUACUCUUUGCAAUGUUACGACAAAUCACAUCUCAGCAAUGAAUGAUGACACCCUGGUGGGUGUGUUAUACAGUGUAAAGCAGUUUGCAGUUGAAUCCCAUCAUCCACUAAUGGAAGCACUGGUCACAGAAGCAUGGAGAAGACUGGAAAGGUUUGAUACUAAUGUGCUGUCAAUAUUUUCCACUUGCCUGGCCGAUCAGAAUUUGUAUCUUAGUCCAUUAAUGGGAGAAAUAGCUGAUAUUGUAAAUAGGAGACUGGAAACCAUACAGGACUUAAGGGCCUUGUCUGUCUUGAUGGUCAGCAUUUCUUCUUUAAUAUCGCCGUGUUUUCAGGAGCGACUGGUGACCAGAGCAGAACUUCUUUUUGACACUGUAGAUUCUUCCAAAGUCAACAUUUCAAGAAGGAUACUACUGUUUCUUCGAAAUGUCAAAUACAGUUAUUACCCACUGUUAGAGAAGUGUAAUCAAGUGUUCAUAACAAGUAUGAGCCAUCUUGACUUGGAGUCUGUCAGUAGAGUCCUUAGUCUGUAUCAGUCGCUGCAGUUCCACAGCUUUGAAUUUGUUGAAGCGGCUCAAAGGAGGCUGGCUGAGAUGGCCCUCCCUUCUGACCACCUGGAAAGCUUCAUUAGAUUGUUUGUGGCGCUGGGGCCGGUGGCCAGACCUGAGAUCAAGAAACAGCUUAAGUCAACUCUGCUGCUGCUGUUGGAGGAGCUGAGCAGCCAGCAAGUGCUGACCGUGUUGGGAGCAAUGGAGAAUAUGGAAAGCAGAAGUUCACACUUGAUUAAAAGGAUUGUUUCUGUUCUGUAUAAACAUUUGGGGAACUAUAAAUCGAUAGAGCUAUUGAAGAUAAUACAAGCAUUGACUUUUCUACAAUGUCAAAGUAAGGAGCUUUUUAUGAAACUCAGAGAAUUACUUCUCAGUCGUUUGGAAGUUAGUGUCACACCCAGUGAGAUUUCUGUCCUGGUCUCUGCGCUUUCCAUGCUGCCGUAUCCUCACCUCAACGAAACAGCGAUCUCCCGCAUAGAAGCAGUUUUACCGAAGUGUGACUUCAGGGAACUGAGUGAUUUGGUAGUCUGUCUCAUGCGCUGGAUUCAGAAUGAUCACGUAUGCUUGGCUAGUACUACUGGAAAGCAACUGGACCUCCUUCAAAAGCUGGAUUACUGGGGCCAUCACCGGCUACAAGAGAGCACCAGCUUGGAUCUUCUGUGGGAGGGGCUUAAGUCUUUGAAGGGAGAAUGGCUUCACGAAUCCUUAGUUGAAGAUUCGGUCGCUGCCCUGCAGCGUUUCGCGGAUGAAAUCGAUUACAGCAAUGUUGCCAAGAUCGCAUCUUUUCUUUCCAAAACUAACUACCUCAGCACUCUGCUGCUCGAUAGGAUAGCUUCAGUGGUUGUCCAGCAGAUUGAAAAGAUCCAUCCUUUUUCAGUCCUUGCUAUUAUUCUCCCAUUCAGUGUUUUGAACUAUGAUCCGCCUCAAAAGGAUGAAUUUUUUGGAGCAUGUGUCCAAUGCUGUAAUUCUUACUCAGGUACAUUGGAUCCUGAUACAUUAGUGUUUCUUGGUUUUUCUUUGGCCACACUUGAAUAUUUUCCAGAAGAUCUGCUAAAGAAACUGUUUAACAUCGAGUUCCUAGCCAGAUUAGAUUCCCAACUUGAAAUUUUGCCUUCGAGUCUGAGUGCAAAAAUCCAGUUCCGCCUUAUGGAGUUAAAUCGAGCAGUCUGCUUGGAGUGCCCCGAGCUGCAGGUUCCCUGGUUUCAUGACCGCUUUUGCCAGCGACAGUUUAACAGAGAUACUGGUGUUAUGAACAGAGUGCAACAGCAGAUCUAUAAGAUGUUAGCAGAGAUCCUGGGAGGACAGCGAUGUGUGAGGCCUUCGGCUCUCUCACCGUAUUACCACACAGUGGAUUUUGAAUGCAUUUUGGAUAAACGAAAAAAGCCUCUGCCUUAUGAAAGCCAUAGCAUAACUCCCAGAAAAUCCCUGGGAAUACACUGGGAUUCAAGGCCUGAGCUGAGGCUUCCGCCAGAAGCUGAGAGGAUUGCUAUAGAAUUUUUGGAUGUAAGAGCCUUUUGUUCAAACAUUCCUCACUUAAAAGGGAAAUCUGCUAUGAAAAAGCGGCAUUUGGAAAUCUUGGGCUAUCGUGUUAUUCAGGUCCCUUACUUUGAAUGGAACUCUAUGGCAAUGUCAACGGAUACACGGAUGGACUACCUGAGAGAACAUAUAUUUGGAGCAGGCAAAUCAUGACUGUAGUUUUCAUUUAAAAAUGACUGUGGUGGGCUGGAAAGGAGGCUCAGAGGAAAAGAACAUUGGCUGCUCUUGCAGAGGUCCUGAGUUCAAUUCCCAGUACCCACAUGGUGGCUCACAACCAUCUGUAAUGUGAUCUGGGACCCUCUUCUGGCCUGCAGGCAUACAUGCAGGCAGAACACUGAAUACAUAAUAAAUAAGUCUUUUUAAAAAAUAAA